UGAAGGGCGAAAAGUAAAACCGAAGCCCCGGGAGAGUCGCGCAUUAAACUUUUAUAAUCACAAUAUAUCCAUUAACGUGGCAGUAAAAUAUUGGUGGAAUCGUACAUGAGAAACCAACCCCAACCGUAGAAGAUAACGGCGACUGUCCCCCCACCACCCCCAAAAAAAAAAAAAAAAAACACAAAGGGAAAAUCGAGGGAGCAGUCUUUUACUUCCAAUAAUUCAUCAUUCUCCUAAUCCUUUCUGUAUUCAAGCUGGCAACACCCUCUCCUUCCUCUUCUUCUUCUCAUCUCAGAUUUUCCAUAAACCCUAAAUCUAAAUUCCCGUUUCUAUGACCAACAAUUCUCCAAUCCCCAUGCUUUAACACAAAAUUCCUUGUGAGAACCCCUCCCCAAAAUGAUGAUUCCUUUAAUUGUUUCCACAUUUAUUCACCUUGUUUUCAUCUUCGCGGCUGUCAGCUGCGAGAAAGAUUCUAUUUACGAUAUCCUAAAGGCCCAUGGGCUACCCAUGGGGUUGCUUCCGAAGGGUAUAUCCCGAUUUGACAUCGACGAUACGGGCCGCUUCGAGGUUCAUUUGGAUCAGGCCUGUAAUGCCAAGUUUGAAAGCCAGUUGCAUUUUGAUACCAAUGUGUCAGGUACCUUGAGUUAUGGGCAGAUCGGGGCGUUGUCGGGGAUUGCGGCUCAAGAGUUGUUUCUUUGGUUCCCGGUUAAAGGGAUUGGGGUCGAUGAUCCCAGCUCCGGUCUCAUUUAUUUUGACGUUGGUGUCGUUGUUAAGCAGCUUCCUUUGUCGAUGUUCGAAACGCCUAAGGACUGUAUGGCGGUAGGGGAUUUUGAAUCCGGCGAUUCAAUUCCAGAUGACGAUUUGUUAGCUGAAUCAAUUGCCAAGAGUCAAUCCGCGAAACUUGGACAUGAACUUGAUCAAGGAAGUUUGGGAGGAACCAUAUGUAGAAAGGUGGGCAAAAGCAGUUGUGCAUUAGUGCAAUCAGUUUAGCUAUCAAAGGGGAUUUUGGGUCCCGGUCACCCCAUGCUGUAAAUUUUGUUGGAGAGUCUGCUCUAGGUUCCUGUGUGCUUUGCUUGCGUUUUUGUCUUUAUUCUAUAUAGUGCGGAAUUGCCGACAUACCAAGUCCAGCCGGCUUCUAGCUAUGCCAGGAUGGCCGAUGAGAGGGAAAUUGGAAGUUUUCAAACAUACAUUUUCGAUGAUCAUCAUGGUUGGCAUAUCAUAUGGAUUAUGGAAUAUAAAAAUGGAGAUGGGAGCAUUUGGACGGUGAUUUCAGGUGAUAAAAUCUAUGAAAUUUUAUUCAUAUGUUAAAUUUUUACUUUAUUAUGAAUGUAAGCAUGGUUGUUGAAUCGAGUCACUUUUUGUUGCAGUAAAAAAAAAAAAUAGAUUUAAGAGAGUUCAUGAAUGAAUCAUGAUACUAAGUUCAAUAAUAAAACUGUCUUGCUUCAUUUCCAUUAUUUAUUGCUUGGUUAACAUUCUGUAAGGCCUUUGUAAUUAUGCUUCAAUAUCGUGUUUCAGUUUUUUUUUUUGUUGAUUAUUUUCUAAUCUUGAGUUUCCCCUGUUCUGCAUCACAUAUGCAUGUACUAUGUGUCCAUAAUCCAUAUUAUUUCAGUGAUAACAUGGGUGGGUGUACAGUGUACUGAGGACAUUGUUAUUGGAUCCCUCUUUUUUCUUUUUCUCUUAUUUAAGGGACUUACAUUGUUAUGCUCAGGUGUAAACCUUGAUGAAAUCUGUUUUCACUUUUCUUUCUCAGAGAGUUUUUAUGGUAAUUGGAGUAUAUCCCGUCUUGUGGAUUUUUGAUCUAGCAUUCUCGUCUCCCAAAAAUAUUUUAAGUUUGACAUUUUUCCUUUUAUUUUGGGCUUUGGGAGAGGUUUUUAAAACUUUUGCAAAACCAGUGAACUUUUGUGGUAUCUACCAGAUUGGUUCAAUGCCAUUUGCUUAUUUUCUUGGCAUAUGGUGGAAGUCGUGACUCGUGAAAAGCAUUAAAAAAAUAGCUCGUUUUAGUAUGUAUAACCUAAGUUGUCGGAUUUUGGAUCAGUUAAUAUCCAGAAUCAGAGAAUCACUGCAGACGUGGUAUACUCCAGUACAGUGCUCUGCAUCAUGGUGAGAUCUUUUUAAUCUAUGAAGUGUAUAAUCUGUCUCUUCUUCAUCGUUUACUAUUCAUACGAGAUACUGGAUGCUUUAGCAAUCUUGUAAACAAAUAAUUUCUUUGCCUUGAGCUACUUGGUUGUGAAAUGUUGAAUAAGAAAGUGGACAUGUACCUAUUAAAUAAGGAAAUGUUUCAUCUGAGAAUGUCUGACUUGGGGUGUAAA